AACACCAUUUAAAGAUUGGUUACAUGAACAAAAAGAUAAAAUGCAUAGAAAAUCAAAUAAUAAUUUAACUGGUUCGAUAACAAAAGUAUCAAUGUUAUCAAGAAUAUUUGAUUUAUUUGUUGCGGCUAUGAUUGGAUAUUUUAUUAUAUCAAUUAUUAAUUCAUUAGCACAACGUUAUUAUAAACGAACACGUACAAUACAAUGUAAAUAA